CAAUUACUUCGUUACUUAUUCUCUUAACUACGACGGUUCCUAGUGUUUUCUACGAUUAUUCUCCAAUUUCUGUGUAUUGGAUCUGCAUAGGUUUAGAUGACCAAAUACUCACUGUCUUUGAUUAUUAUACUUGAUUAAAUGUUUGGAUCGCAUGCUUUUUUUGUAUCUUAUAAAAAAUAUUCUCUACUGACCACAAAACACAUUGUGAUCCAAGCCAACAAAGUCCUUUCUCUGACCAUAAAAAGCAAAGCACAGGAAGCUUUCUUUCUGGUGGUUAUCUGCAAAAAAAGAAGAAGAAGAUAUGCCUGGGAUUCGUGGACCGUCGGAAUACUCACAAGAACCACCUCGUGACCCUUGUCUCAAAGUCAACGCAAAGGAGCCUUUCAACGCUGAGCCUCCUCGCUCCGCCUUAGUUUCAUCUUACGUCACUCCCGUCCAUCUUUUCUACAAGCGAAACCAUGGCCCCAUUCCCAUUGUUGAUCACAUCGAAAACUACUCCGUGGCCGUCACCGGAUUGAUCGAUAACCCAAAAAUGCUAUUCAUCAAAGAUAUCAGGUCCCUGCCCAAGUACAACGUCACUGCUACUCUACAGUGUGCUGGUAACAGAAGAACUGCCAUGAGCAAAGUUAGGAAUGUUAGAGGGGUUGGAUGGGAUGUUUCUGCCAUUGGCAACGCUGUCUGGGGCGGGGCCAAAUUGGCCGAUGUUCUUGAGCUUCUGGGGAUCCCAAAGCUCACUGGCUUUACCACUUUAGGUGGCAGCCAUGUUGAGUUUGUCAGUGUUGAUCGCUGCAAGGAGGAGAAUGGUGGGCCUUAUAAGGCGUCCAUCCCUCUUAGCCAAGCCACUAAUCCUGACGCCGACGUUCUCCUCGCUUAUGAGAUGAAUGGAGAGGUUUUGACGUGUCAUCAUCAUCAAAGAAUCCUGAACAGGGAUCAUGGGUUUCCGUUGAGGGUGGUUGUCCCCGGUGUGAUUGGUGCUCGUUCGGUCAAAUGGCUUGAUUCCAUCAAUCUACUCGCUGAAGAAUGCCAGGAAAUCACCAAAAAGGAGAAGGUUAAAGAGGAGAAGAUCAAGUGGAAUUGCAUCCAAGCAUGGAUCAAGGAAAUCACCAAAAAGGAGAAGGUUAAAGAGGAGAAGAUCAAGUGGAAUUGCAUCCAAGCAUGGAUCAAGGUGGAUUCGGCGGCCAAUGUUCAGCCGGAAAAUGUGGAGUCAGUGUGGAACCUAAGAGGGGUGCUCAACACAUCGUGGCACCGUGUCUUGCUCCGUCUAGGCCACUCUAACUUGUAGAUUAAGUUACCAGCGCUUUGUAUGUUACAUCUUUUUCGGUUUCAAAAAAAUAAGACUCCUUUAAAAAUAUAUGUAUCCACCUGUGAUUACUCUUAGCUUUUGGUCGUCUUGUGCGUUGUUUUGAUAUCCAACCACUGUUUUAAAAGGUGUCACAUCUUGUAGUUUUGAGUUUAAUAUUUGGAAAAAAGUUUCUGGGA